GAAAACUAUUAAAAGCCAUUAUGCCAAUCGAUGUCCGGGUCAAAAUUUGCCGCCUGGUGAACUCGCUAGCAACCUACUCUUGGCUUAAGAUUUCAAAAAAACCAAUUGCGGCAGAAACAUAUGCACAAGUGAAGCAGAAGAGAAGAAGGUAAAUACAACUAACAUCUUUUAAUGACUCUUUUUUCGUUUCACUGCUUUUCGGUAUCUUAGCAUCCAUUUUAAUACCAAAUCUGGUUAAAACCGAGAGUAACAUUUGGAUAAAAAACAAAUUCCUCUGAGCAUUAUUUUCACCCAACCCGAUGGCAACGGAGAGCGACUGUCGCAAAAUUAUUGAUAAAUGAGUGGAAACUAUGAAAACUAAUCACGCAACACAGUAGGUUAAAAUACAAAGUAAACCGCGUUUUUCGCUAAGAAGAAUCACUCAGAUUUCGCAAAUAAGUAGCAAGGUAAUUGUUUGAUUAUGCACAAUGUCGCCGUAUUGUAUGGCGGCGAUUUUCAUAAAUCAGCGAAACGCUAACCAAUGCAAACAGCAAGAGAGAAUUCUCUUUUGCAAGCAGUUAUUUAGCUAAAACCCAAAAUGGAUAUAAAAACUACCCGAACCUCCACUUAAAAGGAAACUUGUUGUUUUAAUUCGCCACUUUCUCAUUACCCAUAAUUCACCUUGUUCCCCCCGCCCCCCACCCUUCCCCACACAAAAAAUAGCUAAAUAAAAUGCAUAAAAGUGUUUUCAAUUUCCCCCAGGUAUUACAGUUGUCCCCCCCCCCCCCAAAAAAAAAUGCUUAUGCAAAACGUUAGCCCAAAUUUAUUAUGGCCAAUGUGUUUUAACAAACCCACGUCAGUGUAUGUGGUACAGCCGUCUAUCUAGGGUGAUUAAACGUCUUAAACCCGCAAAAUUGAUGAACAAAGUUAAUAUCAAAUAGUUAAAUAAAUCAAUAAGCGUUAUAGAGUAAUAAGUUUUAACAUCCGUUUAUUUACACAACAAAAGUUACAGUUACAGUAGUUUAAAAUACUCCCGUGAAUUUAGGAAUGGGUCCUCAUUACAUGCGGGGUUUUAUAACUUGAUCUUGUUUUUUCCAGUACCCUCCUUUAUUUUAGUCUUAGACCACUGUGUUUGAGCUCAGAACCGCUUUGGACCUUAAACACUCCUUUUUUUUAGAUCACGUGACCAGCCACGCCCAUAAUUAUGCAAAAUUUGGACUUUGAAGAUUACAUGUGACCACAAUCGUUUUUCCUUCCAUAAUAUUUCAUUUACAGUCAAUUAAGCUAAAUUAAUCGGGGAUUUGUGAAAUGAUCCAUUCCGUCGUAAUUAUUAGAUAUUUUUCUCUUGUCCCAGUCUCCCUCUUAACAAGGAACGUUAUAGUUAACAAAACGUAGAUAAUUUAAGAAAACCCCGAUUAAUUCCAUAAACUUUGUGUCAAUGGUCAUUGACAAAAAGUGAAUUAAAUUACAAGUAUUAUUUAUAAAGUGGUGUAAAUUUGGAUUGAAAUAAAAAGUCAAAAAUGGGAGUGACAAGUCACGAGACACAGGUAAUACAUUACAAGUAAUAAUGAAAAAUGAAUGCUCAUGGGAAGUAGAUAUUGAAUUUAAAAUAUUAAUGCGAAAGGUAAAAUCCGCGCUAAAACAGACCACCCCACUCCAAAUUUGCAGUCCCCCAUUCCUUAAUUCACCGGAGUAAGUAAAAGAAUUAAGGUACAAUUAUAACAACCUCGUCCCCAUGGCUUUUCCCUUUUUUGAGGGAAAAGCCCUGGGAACGAGUUUGCAAUUAUAAUACAACUGGACAAAAAUGCAAGAAAAAGAAAAAGAAUGAUGCAGAAGUUCAUUAGUAAUUCAUAUACUAAAUAUGCGAUCCUAUAAUUAACAAAUUUUCCUGUAAGUGAAAUUCUUCCAAGCUUUAUUGAAGAGUGGGAUUUUUUGAAAACGUGACUUCAACUGAUUUCCAGGUUAGCGUUAUGAUGUAAUAAUGAUAAAGAAAUUAACUGCGAAAACCGUGGACGAAGAUCCUGCUGGUUGUCAACAUUGGAUCUCGAGAAAAGAGAUCUAAUCAGCUAAAAUUUUAAGGACCAAAAAACGAGUAAUCCAAAGACUAAAUAAAUGCAAAGCCGAUCAUAACAAAGUGUGUUGCUUUUUCAAAACAACAUUUCAGCUGGUCAUACCAGCCUUCUUCAGGUUUACAAAUGUUACUUAAUAACGUCAUUUGCAAGUGCAAGUGCAAGUGCAGCCAUCAACACAAGUUUUACUGUGUUCCUUUUGUUCCCUAGAAAAAUGAAAGGAGUGUACUUUUUAUUGAUACUGCUGCAACUGUCAACACUGUGGCUUGAUAAAACUCAUGCAGAGCCGCUGACGGAUGAAUCAGGAGAUAAAACGGUCAGAGAAUAUCAAAGGAAAAGAGAUGCAUCAGAUGAUUACCUGACUUUACAACCAAAUAAAUUGAGAGCACACUGGAAUUCAGGCAAAAGAGAAGCGUCAGAUGAUCCCCGGGCUCCACCAGUCUCGUUUAGAGGGCGCUGGUUUCCAGGCAAAAGAGAUGAGUCGGAGGAUCAGCCAAUACCACCUAGCGCUGGUAAAAACCCCAACUGGCGUCCAGGCCUGGGAGAUGAGCCAGACAAGGUCGUCCUACCUGAGCUCAAGUUUAAAGAGUAACUCUGUUGAACCAUGGCCGAGAGCUGAGUUUUAAUCCUUAAGCGUUGAAAAUCAGGAUGACUGUGUCAAAUAAAAUGCAUAGCAAAAGG